UCAAAAGCCCUACCACUGCCAUCGAAAAAGCUUCGGAUGCUUCGACCACUCCGUUCUACUUUCAGAGUAAGCCAACAGCCAUGCCUCGUCAAUUCUUUGUCGGUGGAAACUUCAAGAUGAACCCGAUUUCUCGGGCACAGAAGAAGAUCAUCGCCAACGAGCUGAAUGCCGCCGAUCUAGACCCCAACACUGAGGUCGUCAUCGCCCCUCCAUCGCUGUACCUCCUUCCCCUGAAGGAUAUCGUGAGGGACGACAUCAAAGUUUCCGCUCAGAACUGCUACUGCAAAACAUCCGGAGCGUAUACCGGCGAGAUCAGCUCUGCACAGCUCGCUGAUGCCGGUGUUCCCUACGUGAUCAUUGGCCAUUCCGAACGCCGAACUCUCUUCCAUGAAUCGUCAGAGUUAGUCGCCCAGAAAACGAAAGCCGCCCUAGAUGGAAGUCUAUCGGUCAUCCUUUGUGUCGGAGAGACCUUGCAGGAACGUGAGGCGGAGAAGACUACUCAGGUCGUCGAGAGCCAGCUGCGGGCAGUUGUUACCGUUCUGAACGAAAGAGACUGGGACCGAGUCGUGAUCGCUUAUGAGCCAGUGUGGGCAAUAGGCACAGGGAGAGUCGCUACUGCCGCUCAGGCUCAGGAGGUUCACGCCCACAUUCGUCAUUAUUUGUCAACCGCCGUGUCUGCUGCUGUUUCCGAGAACACGAGGAUCAUAUACGGUGGGAGCGUCACAGCGUCCAACUGCAAGGAGUUGUCUACUCAGAUUGAUGUAGACGGAUUCCUCGUCGGUGGGGCAUCGUUGAAGCCAGAGUUUGUGGACAUCAUCAAUGUGAAGAGAAACUAGACUGUAGUCCGUGAAUAUGUACAAGU